CUUAUUUGGGGCAUGCGCAUUGAUGAACAAAUUUAGUGAUCGCUUUCAAAAUAGUGAACAUUUACAACAAAACUCUUGAUCGCAGCGAAGAGAUGUGACAAAUGACAAUCUGUGAUUAACAAACAAUAGCUUUUUUCUGUUGCUUAUCAUGACAAGUGUUGUUCAUGGUGGUAAGAAGCCAGCACUUUGCCGAUAUUUUGUGACAACAGGGUCUUGUUCGUUUGGUGACGAGUGUCAAUUUUUGCAUCAAUCUCCGGUCAGUUUUCAACCAGCAAAUUUCCAGAAUAGUUUCACCAAUGGCACAAACCUCACAAACAGCCCUAUAAAUACGCCAGAAACAGUCAUCUUUACAGGAAUGCCAGUACAAGACGGCACAGCAGGCAAUGGCGAUCAAUUCUUCAAUGCAACUUUUUCUGGAGUAGAAAACAAUGGACCUGCAGAGUUUCAGCCAUUUCCUAGGCCCGGGCCAAUCUCCCGGCAGUCACGAGGUAGUGUAGGAACCAUGUCCGGAGGCGCAUUGAUGACCAAUACCCCACACUCUCAGACAAACAGCAGCCUGACCCAUACCCCACAGAUGUCAAGCCCAUUCAACGCAAGCACCAUCACCCCCAACAAGGCCCCUAUCUCACAGAGCACCCCUCUCUCACAGCAGACGAGCCUGCCACCCCCACAGAAUGGUCCCAUCUCUAGCAUGAUGAAUGGAUUUCCACCAAAUAUGAAGCAGUUUAUUAACAAUAGUGGCUAUGACUCCAGCAUCACCAGUGAAUUCUCAGCUCUGAACCUCUCCGUUCCUAAUGCUUCAAAGGCUGGCAACAUGAGUAGUUCAGAGUUCAUUCCAAAGCUGCCUGGAGGCUUGUCGCACAGUACAAGUUCUCCAAACUUCUCCAACUUCCAUGCCGGUGCCCCACCACCUCCUGGAGCCCUCCCGCCCAGCACGACAACAAACAACCACCUUGCUGGUUUAAACAUUACGUCAAGUUCGAGUCCGAAUCAAAGCCCACGCCUUUCCCCCACCAACUCUCCGCUGAUGAUGAGACGUAACGGCUCACCUGUCCCUCCGUUACGGUCUGCCAAACCCCCACCUGGAAGCACAAUACAGGAGAAUGUGGGUGGAACUACGUAUUUCUACAACGCCGAGGACUUCACUCCACAAAGAGAGGGCAUUCAAAUCCCAAACUUCACAAUGUACCAAGGAGCGCCACCCCAUGUGGCCCACAUGAAGGUUAAAUCCAACAUGCCUCAGUUCUUCAUGCCUGACGAACUUAAGAUGGAAGUGCUUAAUCGCAGCGCCAUCACCAUGGCUCAGAUAGACCUCGGACAAAAUAUUGACAUACCUUCGGAAGUUGACACGUACCGGAACCUGUUUCCAUUGGAGCCGCCUCCAGACAACCCCCACCAUAAAUCGAAAACAUUCGGCUAUCCAACAACAUGCUACAAGGCACUCAAUACCAAAGACGGACAAACAUACUGCUUGAGGAGAAUACACGGUUUUCGGUUGGUUCACACUAAGUGUAUGAAUGUUGUGGACAUGUGGAAGAAGAUGUAUCACCCAAACAUUGUACAGCUAAGAGAAGUCUUCACUACCAAAGCCUUUGGGGACCACUCUAUAGUGUUUGUGUAUGACUAUUACCCUAUGGCGGACACCAUCCUGGCGAAACACUUCAGCCACCACCAGAUGAACGGCCAGCACAACCCGUUCAUGGACUCCAACACUAGACCUUUCUCUUCCAAGGGCAAGGGUAGGCUCUCAGAUAGUAAGGGUUCAUCUGGCCCCCGACAACAUGCCGGCCUGCUCCCAGAGAGCCUCAUCUGGUCUUACGUAGUACAGUUGUCAUCAUCCCUACGCGCUAUUCACGCGGCCGGCCUUUCAUGUAGAACGCUCGACCCGUCUAAGAUUGUCAUCUACGCAAAGUCCAGGUUACGACUGAACUGUUGUGGAAUCUUUGAUGUGUUGACAUUUGACAACAACCAGACUAACCCCAUGGCAUUGACCCCCCAUUAUCAGCAGGAGGAUCUGAUCUCUCUCGGCAAGGUUGUCCUGGCCCUGGCCUGUAACAGUGUGAUGGCCAUACAGCGUGACAACCUGCAUUCCUCUAUGGAACUAGUGGCAAGGAACUACUCUGCAGAUCUCAAAAACCUCAUUGUGUACUUGUUGGGAAAUCAGAGUCGGCCGAGGAGCAUUAACGACAUCAUGCCAAUGAUCGGAGCCCGCUUCUACACCCAGCUAGACUCCGCCCAGCUCCGCAGCGACGUGCUGGAGACUGAACUAGCCAAGGAGGUUGAGAAUGGGCGCCUUUUCCGGCUGUUGUGUAAGACAGGGAUUAUGAAUGAGAGACCUGAGUUUAACCUGGACCCCCAGUGGUCAGAGACUGGUGACCGUUAUAUGUUGAAGCUGUUCCGUGACUAUGUGUUCCACCAGGUGGACGAGACAGGGGCGCCCUGGGUCGACAUGUCACACAUCGUCAUGUGCCUCAACAAGCUGGAUGCUGGGUCCCCCGAAAAGAUCAGCCUGAUGUCUCGUGACGAGCAGAAUAUUUUGGUCGUGUCAUACGCUGAGCUAAAACAGUGCUUCGAAAAUGCGUUUGGGGAUAUUCUUAAUGCUGCGCAUGGCAGUGGGAUCUCUUAAUUCUCAGGAGAUUGGAUGUGAAUAUAGGGCUUGUUCUGAGAUAAAAAGGUAGCCCUGCUUUGGAGAUGAAGUUGAAAUGAAUAGGGUACAGCGGAAAAGUAUUUUUUUAAACAUGUAGAUAUGUCAUUGAAAUAAUUAGUGUUUAAAUGGCUGAAUUUGGCAGUAACUAUUCAGCAGAGUUUAAAGGUAGUAAUUGUUGACUGUUUAUCAGUAUAUCAGUAUAUGUUACAUAUUGAAAUGUUUUGUACCACAUUGAUUCUGAGAAUCUAUGACUAUUUUGGACAUGCUUCAUGACAAAACUGUGUUUAUAAGAUGAUUGAAUGGCAGCAAAUGGAAACUGUGGACUACAAAAUGGGGUUAAAUAUGGAUCUGUUUCACUUUGGGGAAAAACAUUUCAUUUAGGAGACCUGUAUUUUUGGAUCUUCAUGUGUGGCAUUAAGGGAAAAGUUGGUUUAUUAUGUAUAUUGCUUUGUUUGAAAAUUCAAACUGUAUGCAGGAGAAAACUGGCCUUCGAUUGGUUUCAGAACAGAGCGAAUAUGGUGUUUUUGUUUGUGUGCUCAAAUUGGAGAGGAAAUCUGGUUUUAAUGUUUAGUUUCUACGAAGGACAAUAUAUUAUUGUUGUAUUGUAUAGAUUUGUAAGUCAUGUUGCAUUUUAAAUUGUAAAUGUACCAGUUAAUUUAUUUUUUUGUACCAAGAUCUUGUUACAAUUGUUAACUAAAUUGUACAUAAUGCAUGCUGAUACCACAAAUUCCUAUUGAUAUUCCAUUUGAUGAUAAUGAUGUUGAGAUAGAAGUGUUCAUGAUUUUUAAGUAUUUGUCUCUUAACAUAUCCCAAAAUAUUUGAUGAUUUCUUUCACCAUACAUGUAUGGUUGAUAUUGAAAGCCUUAUAGAAUGAACUGUUUUCAGGGUUUCAGAAUUUUAAAAGCUCUUCAUCGAAAUCAGCAUGAUCGUAGAAUGUUCUUUUCAUAUAUGACUCAUUUUCCUUAAGAGUUACUGUGUCACGGUCACUGUUAACCUUGUCCAUCAUGGUCACUGUUAACAUUGUCCAUCAUGAUUACUGUUAACAUUGUCCAUAACUGUACUGUUAACAUUUCCUUCAAGAAUGUGUGAUCAUUUUAACCUUAACAGGCAACCAGUUAUAAUGAUUUUGUUUUCAAAAGAGUCGAGUGUAUGCUUGGUUUACUGAUUCCAUGUUUACAUCGGUUGAUUGUAGGUGGUUUUAUUUCAGUUUAUAUAUAGUUACCGUAUUUAUUAUAGCACGAGUGUAAAGACAUGCUAUACACUGAUUUGAAUCACUGUUGAGUAUACUUCCUGAGGGGAAACUGGAACUGGGGAGAGGCCAUGAGAAAGUACCCCUUGUGGGAAUUGGAACCCACUACACAACCUUAUGGGUGAGAGACAGACACCUAUACCACAAUACUGCUUUCACCCAAGGGGGUUUUGCGUUAUAUGAUUAAGUCAAGUAAGCAACAUGUGUUGGGUUUGAUGACUGCCAGUGGCCUCAAAUCUACAUGUUAGUAACGGUUUCUCCUCAUUAAUCAAAUGCCAACAUCAUUUAUCAGCUAAAAUGUGUCUUUUAGCUCAAAAAGAAAAGAAUGAACACUAAAAAAAGAUAAACUAAAUUUGUUAUUUCACUAUGUUGAACUGGUUGUCUGUUUUCCCUGAGAAUCUGUUAUCCUCAGUAGCUGUGCAAUAGUUGACUGAAAGAGAAGGAUUGAAUGUUUAUAGAUUCGAAAUAACUACAUGUUUAGCAACUUCAUUGAUAACAUGGAAAAAAACAACAAGGUUUUUUCAUAGCCUUGGUGUCGUUGUUGUCGUCGUUGUGCAUUUACAGUGAUCUUGGCCAUAACCCAAAUUGUUCAAGAUUUAACACAUGGUGCCGGAGACAAUACACAGCGGCAAGGAAAAUGACUCUGGCCUAAAUGAUGAUUGGGACAUAAAAAAUGAUUAUUGGGUUAAGUCAUUGUAAGACUAAAAUAUUUUUUUUUAAAACAGACAAGCGUUGGCGUAUGCUCUGCAACACUCUUGUUUAAUUACUUUUAAGCAUAAUCAAGUAUUAGCAGGAGAGGAAAGUGAUAGCUACAGUCUUGAGCGGAGUCACUAGGGGCCUGUUUCAGUACAGGGUCUUGGUCGUAAAUUUAAUGGUCUGUAGGAAUGUCACAAAAUAAUGUUAACAAGUUGAUUUGUUAAAAUGAAUUGAUUCUGUGUUCAUUUUUUAUACAGGCCAAAGUUGAAUUCACACAAUUAUGAAGCAAAAUAAGACAAAUAUGAGGGUCAUUUCAAUUUAUGACUUAUGUGCUUUUGUUGAAACGGGCCGCUAGAGUCUUAAAAUGCAGGAGAUUGCAAAAUCAGGAUUUAUGACCAAAAAUGUACAGAAGGGAAAAGAAUUGCAAGUGACUUGUCGUGUAACAUUGACUCUCCUUAACUGUUAGAAAUUUAUAAUUGCCAUCAUUAAUUUAUAAAGUUUGCUACCACAUUUGCAAGUUUAAUAUUUGUUGCCAUUUACAGGGCAUGUGUCUGCCAAUGAGAGACAUAUGCUGUCACUGCCUUCAUAAUAUCUUCCAUUAUGUGCUGGGAUGAGGCAGGGAAACUUACAAGUCAAGGAUAGAUCAGAAAUAGUCCAGCUUAUGAAUUCAUAGGACUCUCGGUAUUAAAAAUAUAUGAAUUAAAUAUUUGCCUCAAGUUUUCAACUGAAAGUAUUUGGUCUUGAUGGUAUUUGUUACAGACAUUGACAUCAAAAUACAAGAUAUAAACCGUUCCUGAAAUUAAAGAAGUAGUUUGAUCAUGCUGGACCUACAGGCCUCAUAACAAUCAGUUAAUUUCUAAUGUUAACAUUAUAACAAAUAAGGUAACAUGCAUUGGGAAAAAAGUUUUAUAGAAUCACUUUUUUAUACUCAUAAAAGCCAUCAUAAAAGAUAUUGAGAAAUUCAGUGAAAACAAGGGUAUAGGAUAUUUUUAUGCCCCCACAAAGUGGCGGCAUAUAGGGUUGCCCUUGUCCGUACGUACGUCUGUCUGUCUGUACGUACGUACGUCCCGAAGAUUGUUUCCGAUCUAAUUCUUGAAAACCGUUUGUCCAAUCCUCACCAAACUUUAAACACAUGUUUGUGACCAUAAUAUCUUGAUCAAGUUCCUUAGCCAUGGAAAUCGCUUUAGUCAUUUAGGAGUGACGGCCUUUUUUUGCCAAAAAUACUUCAAAAAUAUAUGUUUCCAAUCUAAUUCUUGAAAAGUAUGUGUCCAAUCCUCACCAAACUUUACAUACAUGAUUGUGACCAUAAUAUCUUGAUCAAGUUCGAUAGCCAUGGAAAUCGCUUUAAUCAUUUAGGAGUUAGGGCCCUUUAUUUCCCAACAAUACUUAAAAAAAUAUCAUCUCGAUGUAAAUGAGAUGUGGAUCCAACAAGUUUUUUCCUGCCUGAAUGGCGCCAUAUAACCUAUACAGUCUUGCGAUGCCGUAAAACCCAACUCAACUCAACUUAUCCUAUAUGUGCAGAUUAUCCUGAAUAAUCAUUAUGGCUUAUUUUCUGUGACAAAAAAUCGAAGUGGGGGCAUCCGUGUCCUAUGGACACAUUUCUAGUUUUCCUUUUGAUAUUGUUAGUAAAUUGUUAACUGAUUGUUUUUUGUUGUUGUCUCUAAAAAUUGACUAUUUAAUGAAAUAUUUGACGUCAAUGAAUUUAUGAGAACUAUUUAUGACUUAUGAGACUUGUUGUUAUGACUUAAUAAUCCUCAGGUAGUUAGGUAGAUUAUCAUUAAAAAAUAGUAGAGUUAUGUCUCACUGUAAUUCUGUCUUCACAGUAAAAGCCCAAUUUAUAAAAAAACACGUCUACAAUUCAAAAAAAUAAGUUUGGUUUUUGUUUCGUGCAAAUCAGUAACUUUGGUUGUGAUUUUACAAUUCUCGUUUUGUUUAAAUUUAUGGAAAGUUUUGGUGGUCAUUUCAAUGUAUUAUCAUUGAUAAUUUCUUGCAUACUGAUUAUGUUAAAAUGAUGAGUUUUAAACUAUGACUUUUUAUUCAGAGGUAAAGAAGGAAUUACUCAUAUUUUUGACUAGUCCAUUAUUGUUAGUUUUUCUGAUGUCAUUUUGUAUUUUGCCUUUAUGAAAUUUAUUCAUGUUUGUCCCAUAGUUGAAGCUGUAUCACUAUUUCACCAAGUGCUGUAAAUUUAUAUGAUUUUAGGGAAUAUUCCUUGCAAGAAACUACAUUUUACCCAUACAUUGUUUUCCCAUACACUGUUCUUCCAUGGAUUUUAAACAAUUUGACGAGGACGAUACCAUAAUUCUCUUUUCAUAAUAACAUACUGACAUAUUAUCAAAACAUUAACAUCUGAUACGAUUACAAUUUUUGCGGCAUUGUAGAGUUGGCCCUUUGCUAUUUUAUCCCGGCUAUUUGCCAUGUUGGCAGUUCGGAAUACAUGUAAAAUUAUAAUAUGUGCGAGUUCAUUUGGUCAGCUUUGUUUAAGGAGAUUCUUCAAAAUUCAAAAAGAAACAUGAGAUAAAUUUUCAACAAAACAUUAAUAUUGAUUAAAUUUGUACAAUCAAACAUUCAGAAUCUGCUAUUAUUUAAUGAAAAAAGGUAAAAAAAGGUUUUUUUUAAACAUAUCCUCCAAUGGGAUUGUGAAUUGAAGAAUGCAUGAGCUUGAUUCCAAAUUACAAUAGUUUUUGUAUCAUAAUAUUAUGAUGAAUAUUUUUUAAUGUUAAAAAAAGUAAUUGCUGCAACAGAAAUAUUAUAUUAGUCUUCAACAACAAGACUGAAGUUUUGCUGCACUUAGUGUUAAGAUUGGCCAUAUGUUAACUUGUAUGUGUCGGUAUGCCUGCUGUGUAUAAAACUUUACAUGUAUUAUUGUUGCGCAAUAUUUUUACCUAUAAGCUCUGUCUGUGUUCACUGGUUCAUUUCGGAAGUUAUCUCCCCUUGAACAAGUUUCCAGGGCCCAUGUUGACAAGCUGUCUCAAAAACAAGAAGCCCAAUUUUAACAUAACUGUACUAUGAACAGAUACACUUUAAAGUUAUGUUAUUAUACAACAGUUUCGACCACAAAAGCUCUGUCAGAUGGAAACCUAGAGUUUGUUGUCAGACUCGAGACUUUGUAAACAUGAACCCAAAUCAAUUUCAUCUACAUGGUUUAUUAUUGCCUGACACUUUUCAUUUCUAUGUUAAAAUACCAUUGGACACGGACAGAACAGUUGUACAUUGAUAUACUAUUUUUAUGAUGAUAAAUGUUGAGAAAAAAACACUAAAUAAAAAUGAAUAAAACAUUUCCUGAAAAUUGA